AUGACGCUCACCGGGAAGGUCUCCGGCGUGCGGCCCGACACUUCGUCGUCGGCUGCCACGGGCACGACGGCAGCAACCGACCGGUCCGACGCCUCCAAGUCGUGCGCCGUCUCGAUUGUGUCCGAUGAUGGCCCGGAAGGCCCGCCCAGCGCGACGCGAGGCGAGCAGGCCGAAACCACUCCUGCCGCCACCUCCUCCCCUGUUUCGAGCAAAGCAUCCUUUAGCCAGAUCUUUGCCUUUGCCGACGGCCGUCUGGCCUUGCUCAACAUCAUCGGCCUCCUCGCUGCCGCAGCUGCCGGCGUGGCCCAGCCUCUAAUGACCAUCUUCAUCGGGCGCAUCUCGACCUCGUUUCUGCGCUACUCGAACGCCUUCUUCGACCACGACCUCGACAUCUUCCACGUGGCCCAGAAGCAGCUCUACCACGACAUCCGACAGGACUCGCUCAUCCUCGUCUACCUCGGCAUCGCCAUCUUUGCUGCGUCGUACAUCUACAUGGCUGCCUGGUCCUACACCAGCGAGAAGAUCUGCUGCCGGAUCCGCGAGGCCUACCUACGGUCCACGCUGCAGCAGGAGAUUGCCUAUUUCGACGAGUAUGGCCCGGGCCAGCUCGCCUCGCAUAUCCGCUCCGACGUCCACACCAUCCAGAGCGCCAUCAAUGAGAAGAUGCCCAUGACGUUGAUGUACGUCUCGACCUUUGUCGCCUCGGUCGCCGUCGCGUUCAGCCAGUCGUGGAAGCUGUCGCUGGUGCUGCUGCCCAUCGCACCCACCAUCCUCGUGGCGGGCGGCGUCAUGAGCGUCCUCACCAAGGCCGCCAAACAGACCGAGCUCGCCAGCACGUCCAAGGGCGCCAACCGCGCCGAGGAGGCGUGCCGCUCGAUCCGCACCGUCAAGGCGUUUGGCAAGGAAGCCGCCAUGCUUGAGCAGUACGACCGCUGCAACGAGGAGACGACGCUCCAGGGCGCCAAAAUCGGCAAGCUGCAGGGCAUCGGCGUCGGCUCGCUCAUGUGGACGAUCUACUCGGGCUACGCCCUGGCCUUCUGGUACGGAAGCAAGCUGAUCGGGCAAGGCGAGCUGAGCCCUGGACGCAUCAUUUCAGUCAUCUUUUCCAACUUUAUCGGCGCCUUUGCGAUCGCCACCAUCUUCCCCAACCUCGAGUACUUUUCGGCGGCGCUGGCUGCGGCGGGGCCUGUGCUGGCAGCAAUCCACCGCAAGCCGAGGCUCUCCGAGGCUGGCAGCGACGACGGACUAGAGCCCAAGUCGGUGGCCGGUCGCGUCGAGCUCGAAGGUGUGUCGUUUGCCUACCCGUCGCGACCGGACGUGUCAAUCCUGCGCAGCCUGUCGCUCUCGUUCGAGGACGGCAAGACGACGGCGCUGGUCGGCGCAUCGGGGUGCGGCAAGAGCACCGUCAUCGCCCUGCUGGAGCGCUUCUACGAGCCGACGGCCGGCCGCGUCACGCUCGACGGCAUCGACAUCCGGCACCUGCGGCUGUCGUGGCUGCGCGACCAGGUCGGGCUGGUGAGCCAGGAGCCCACGCUGUUUGCCACCACGAUCCGCGCCAACAUCGAGUUCGGCCUGACCAAGUGCGACUACAACGACCGCCUCACUGACGACGAGCGCUUCCACCUAGUCGUCGAGGCCUCCAAGAAGGCCAACGCCCACGACUUUAUCAUGGCCCUGCCCGACGGCUACGCUACUCUGGUCGGCGACAACGGCUCCCUGCUUUCCGGUGGCCAGAAGCAGCGCAUCGCCAUCGCCCGCGCGCUGGUCAAGGAUCCUCGGGUGCUGCUGCUCGACGAGGUGACCAGCGCGCUCGACACGGCGAGCGAGGCCGUCGUCCAGGCGGCCCUCGACGCGGCUCGUUUUGGCAGGACCACCAUCGUUGUGUCUCACCGCCUCAGCACUGUCAAGAACGCAGAUCGCAUCGUCGUCCUGGGCCGCGACGGCGUCAUCGAACAGGGCUCUCACGACGAACUGAUGAGCAAGGCCGGCGGCGCCUACGCUACCAUGGUCGGCCAGCAGGCGCUGUCCAAGCCGGUUCCUGUCGAGGCGGAUCCAGACUCUGUCCAAUCAGUUGUCGAUGGCCGCACCAGCCUCCAGGCUCCCCUCAAGACGGCGCUCGGCACCUUCUCGCUCGGCCGCAUUGCCGCGUCCUUUGAACUGCCGAGGAUGUCGGACUUUGUGCAGAACGGCCGACCCAGCAUCUCGGUGCUCCGGCGCAAGAGCUCCGGCGGCGAGGUGCCGACCGUAUACGAGGACGACGAUGAAGAUCAGGAGAGCUCGAAAUCUCGACGGGAGUCCAAGCCCGGCCUGCGCGCCCUCGCCGGGCUGGUGCUUCGGGGCGAGCGCAACAAGCGCCUGCACCUCGAGUUCCUCGUCGGCCUCGUCGCGGCCAGCGUCAUUGGCGCCAUCUACCCCAUCUACUCUAUCGUCUUCGGCAUCGCGAUGGACAACUUCACGCAGUGCAACGACGCCGGCCCCUGCUUUGCGCCGAUCCGCGACAACAUGCUGCACCAGGGGCGGAUCAAUGCCGGCGCGUUCUUCGUCAUCGCGUGCGGCGCCGCCGUCAUCAGUUUCCUCCAGGUCAGCACUCUGACGCGCGCCGGGUCGAGCGUGGUGCAGCGGGUGCGCCACCUGAUGUUUGAGCGGUACCUGCGCUCCGACGUCGCCUUCUUCGACCACCCGGACCACUCUGGCGGCGCACUGUCGAGCCGGCUGACGGACAACGCGCAGAAGAUCUAUGGCGCCCUGGGCCCGACGCUCGGGGUCGUGGUGCAGUGCACGACCACGAUGGUGGUCGGCUAUGUCGUCGCCCUCUCCUAUGGCUGGAGGCUGGCGCUCGUCGUCAUCGCAGUCUCGCCGCUGACGCUGUCAGCGGGCCUGCUGCGCCUGCGCAUCAUUGCGCACAAGGACGAAAAGACGCGCACGGUCCACGAGACCGCCACGCGCCACGCCAGCGAGGCCGUCGGGGCCAUCCGCACCGUGGCCGCAUAUAACCUCGAGCACGCCUGUCUCGACCUCUACCGCCAACACCUGGACGGACCCGCAUCGACCCUGGUUAACUCCAUCCUGAGGAGCAGCAUCCUCUUUGCCCUCUCGCAGUCCAUCACCCUCUUCGCCAUCGCCAUCGCCUUCUACUACGGAGGGAAGCUGCUUGCGGACGGACACCUGACCAGCAAGUCGUUCUUCACCGUCCUCAUGUCAGUCGUCUAUGGCAGCGUCCAGGCCGGCAAUGUCUUCAAUUACACAGCCGAUCUCUCUGGAGCUUACGCCGCCGCGCGUGCCACCAUGGAGCUGAUGGAGACCGACCCGACCAUCGAGCGGGACACGGAGCGGGGCAAGGAGCUUUCGGAUGUGCAGGGCGGGCUGCAGCUUCGCAACGUCUAUUUCACCUACCCGUCGCGGCCCAAUGCGCCAAUCCUGCGCGGCAUCUCGCUCGACUUUGAGCCGGGCACCUUUUGCGCCCUCGUCGGAUCCAGCGGAUGCGGCAAAUCUACGAUCCUGCAGCUCCUGGAGCGGUUCCACGACCCGACGGGUGGUCAGAUCCUGCUCGAUGGCUGCGACACGCGCUCGGUCAACCUCGCCUCGCUGCGCCGCCACAUUUCCAUGGUGCCGCAAGACGCUGUCCUCUACGACGGCACCAUCGGCUGGAACAUUGCGCUGGGAAGCGUCGAUGACCCCUCGUCGGUGACGAUGCCGGCGAUCCGCCGAGCCGCCGACAUCGCGCAGCUGACGGCCUUCAUCGAUUCGCUACCGGACGGCUUCAACACGCACGUGAGCGGGCGAGGCGUUCAGCUAUCGGGCGGGCAGAAGCAGCGGAUCGCGAUCGCGCGCGCCAUGGUGCGCGAACCCAAGAUCCUGCUCCUCGACGAAGCCACGAGCGCGCUGGACCCCAUCGGCGAGAGGGAGGUGCAGGCCGCGCUGGAAAAGGCGAGCGAGGGCCGCACCACGAUCGCCGUGGCGCACCGCCUUUCGACGAUCGCCAAGGCGGAUACCAUCUACGUGCUCAAGGACGGCGACGUGGCCGAAAAGGGCGAUGCCAAGACCCUCACGGACCGCGGCGGCAUCUAUGCCGAGAUGGUGCGCGUGCAAAACGUCGCGUGA